CAGUGUCGGAAAGUCUUUUAUUUCCUGUCAUUUUAUUUUGAAACUAUAAUGAUGUCAUAUCCUUUCCGAGCGCAUCACAUCCUCAUUCCCGACUCCGCAUUCUGUGGGAUGGUGGCUCGCGUGUGCGUAACCUAAUCGAAAGUAAGUUUCAUCUUGCACUAAGAUGCAAGUAUUGCCAUCUGACUUGUUUAGAUGUUGUAUACUUUCACCUGUUUUCAUGUUAAGUAUAUUAUAUGUAUGGUUUGAUACUUUCGUGUGUAUUUCUUUAGUUAAUAGGUAUCACGUGAACAUGUCAUAAGCCUUGUUAGACUGGAGAUUAUUUCCUUUACAUUAUCUCAGCCUUAAGCUGUAUUCUCGAGUGCUAUAUUUCAGUUCUUAUGCCCUGUAGUCCCACUGCUAAAUCGUGUUUAGCCUCUGUGUCGCUGUCAGACGCACCUAGAGUGAAAUUCAGCGCUCCCUGGCCAUGCGCCCCUCAGGUGCUGAGCGCAUGGGGUGCAGUUGCGCCCCCUUCCACUAGAGGGAAGCGAAGACCACCAAAUCCAUUUAGUAUUCCUACGUUGCCUCAUUAACCUUUCGUAUGCCUGUAUAUUAGUUGUUUAUGACUCUUUUCAGGUUAUUUGACCAAAUUAUUAUAUUUCAGAAUUCUGAUUCCAUGUUUAUUAUUGCAUUGGAUAUUACUGUAUACCUUUGUACAUGUUUUUUAUACUUUUGUACAUUGUGAUUAUUAUUUUAUUCUUUGUUUCCUUUAUAGACCACACACACAGACACCCACACAUAUGCCUAUUUGUACACCAAUGAUUGUACCCAAACUACAAUAUUAAAGUUUGCUGGAACAAUUUCUCCGUGCCCUUCUCUCUGACCGGAGCCCUGUCAAAGGAAACUGCCAGACCAGUAUUAUCCCAUUCAGAGUGUCCCACUCUAUCACAUGGUCCUUCGAGCCGGAGCUGACAGCUUUCUGGAGACAAUAUGGAGCCAGGACAACCAUCUGCAGAUCCAGCAGUGCGUUCUCGACCCCAGCGGGAGAUACAGUUACCAGCAUCCCUUGCAAACUUUGAAGUUGGGUACACACCGAGAGUCACAGUACUCCCUUCCACCGAAGCUGAGGAACUCGGAGCAGCAGCCCCAGCUCAAGACAUCCCAAUCCCUGAUCCACUUUCAUUGCCAUCUGUGAGAGCAGAGUCAUGUCGAUCCUGGGUAUCUUCUCGUCGUAGCAGACCAAGAUCUCGAGCCAGUGCUGCCUCAUCAACUAAGAGGUCCAUUGCAGACGGGCUAUCCGAGCUACAAAGUGCCAUGUUGGAGGAACAGGUCAAGCGGAUGGAAUUAGCAGAAGUGCAGCGGCAGAUCAUGGAGCAGACGCUAGUGGAUGAGCAGUGUACUCUUCUAGACAAAGAAGCCAGAGACGCCCUCUAUGAGAAGGAGGAACUUCUCAGAGAACAAGAACGGCAGAGACGUCGACUGGAGGAGAAAGCAGAGAUGGCAUACAAGAGUAAAGAGGCUAUCACCAGGCAUCAGAUGUUGCGACGGCGACAGAAAGAGAAAGAGAUGGAAUUGGCGCAAGCAGCUCUUAUCACGUCUUUCCUGAAGGAAGAAGGAAUUGAGAGUCCCCGUUCCUGCAGGCCCCUCAGUGAAUGUGAGUACAAUCUAAGGUCCUCAUCAGAAGUGCAGCCUCUCCUACUCCACUCACAAGAUGGACAUGGACUGCUCCAUUCUACUCCAUCUAUGCAUGUAAUGCCACCAGUCUCCAGUAUAGUCAGAAGUCCACCUGUCUCGACCAGUCUUACAUCAGUCCUGCCCGCUCCACAAGUGAGUGCUUAUACUACUACUAGUGUACUCUCUCAGCCACAGCCUACGUAUCUUACUAUGAUUCCUCCUCCAGCAAUCAUCAACCCAGCUUCGCAGUCGGCUCCCAGAUCAGCCGUGAGUGCCGUUACCUCAUGUUCUCCGCCACUGUCAGUAGGACAGUAUAUGGCCCCACUUCGCCAGCCACACAUGGUCUAUAGUCAAGCCCAGGUCCAAUAUGUGCCUCCACCUGGUACACCUCUACAGCCAGUGCUAUCAGCUGCUAACACGCUGUCCUAUCCUUACAGCGCCAUGCCACCUUCUCCACGACAGGGCACAGCGCCUUUAGAUUACAGGACAACGCCGGGUACAGACCUCAUGGAGCUCCUAGUUGCCACAUCUUAUGGCCUUCCUAGACCUACUCUACCUCACUUCACCUCAGGUAAAGAGUCAGACUUUGCCCUGCUUAAGAUGGCUUUGGAUAAUCUGCUCAACACACAUGCUCACCUCACAGAGCAGUUUAAAUAUCAAGUCCUCCUCGAUCACUUGAAACUGCCAAGCGCCUACAAGCUAGCCCAAGCUUACAUGUACCAUCCAAAGCCAUACACCUCGGCCCUCCAGGCUCUCCAAGAUAAAUAUGGGCAACCGCGUCAGCUCGUGCAGAGUGAACUGGGUGCCAUCUUAAACUCACCUCACGUAAGAUCUGGAGAUCCAGAGGCAUUUGACAACUUUGCCCUCUCAGUACAAGGUCUAGUUGGCAUGCUCCGCUCCCUCGAGGGUGAGAAUGGCUAUGAACUGCGAUGUGGCUCCCACGUCGACAGGCUGCUAAGCAAACUGCCUACUAGCUAUCGAGAUGCGUUUGUGGAGUACAGCAUAAACCGAGGCAUCCUGAGGACCGGCACAGAUCAGACCUACACGCUUGAAGACUUCUCAGUUUGGCUUCAGUUAAAGUCACAAGCAAAGCGCAUUUCAUCUCGAGCAGCUCUGAUGUUCCAAGACCAGCCUAAGCCAGUUAAGGGCAAAAAGAAAUCCCAGGGUCCUUCAUCCAACGUGUUUUACAGCACUGAGAGUCAAGCUAAGGUAGCCCCUCCAGAUCCUGCUCGCAGCACAAAGUCACCCAAAGGUAAACCCAGUGUGAAGCCUUACUGCCCGUACUGCGACGCCCGUGAACAUUACCUCAGCUUAUGCCCCAAAUUCAAAAUGCUCACUCCAUCAGAGAUUUCCGCCUGGAUCAAAGACAGAGGCUGUUGGAGGUGUGGUAGGAACCAUAAACCUGAGGCAUGUACUCUCAAGAAGCCUUGUCAAGUGUGCAAACAGCAACACCUGACCGUGCUCCACGAAGUGUGUUCCCAAGAGGCUAAGAAAGUGUUAAUGGUCAGUGCUGCUCCCGACACCAUAUACGUUGACCGUCCUAGUCGUCCGCAGAGAGUCAUGUUGAAGCUAGUUAAGGUGCGCCUGUACAAUGCCGAGCACACUCUGGAAGGUUUCGCUAUUCUGGACGAUGGAUCGGAGAGAACCCUCAUCCUUCCCUCAGCAGCCCAGCAUCUCCAUUUAGCUAAAGAGCCUGAAAGCUUGCCUUUACGUACUGUCCGCCAUGAGGUGAUCCGUCUACAAGGAGCCGCUGUCUCGUUCGACAUCUCCCCAGCUCAUUCUCCCAAACAAAGAUACCACAUCUUUCAUGCCUUCACCGCUAGUGAGCUGAGUCUGUCUGAGCAUAGCUAUCCUGUCAAGUCACUCAUGCGCAGAUACUCCCACCUGCAAGGUCUUCCCCUGCCGAAGGUUGACAAGGUCCAGCCGCUUCUGUUGAUAGGCUCUGACUUUCCACAUCUGCUGCUUCCCAAACAACCGGUCCGAGCAGGUCCUCCUGGGAGUCCUGUAGCUGUGCAUACUGCUCUUGGUUGGACAUUGCAAGGCCCCGCCAACCUUAACCUCAUUGGUGAGCGCACUCACUGCUACUUCACCAUGUCUACUAACUCAGAGCUGCAACGGCACGUUGAACGACUGUGGGAAGUUGACAUAACCCCGUAUGCCAAAGCCAAGACUGUGAUCCGCUCCAAAGAAGAUCAGCAGGCCCUAGAACUGCUGGAACAGCGCACAGUCAAGGCAGAGGUGGAUGGAGUAACAAGGUAUGCUACUCCACUACUGAGGCGCAAAGCAAGCCUCACGCUCUGGGCUCCAAAGCACACAUUGCUCCCACAGCUACGGAGCACAGAACGCCGUCUAGCCAAAGACACUGCUCUAGCUAACACCUACUGUAAAGAAAUACAGAAACUUGAACAGUUGGGCUACGCCAAACCUCUACCUCCUGACACAGUAGACAGCUCCACAGAGUCCUGGUAUCUGCCGCACCACGUUGUCCACCACAACGGUAAGGCGAGGAUUGUUUACAACUGUUCUUACCAGCACAACGGUCAAAGUCUCAACAGCCAACUGUUGCCCGGUCCGACCUUAGGUCCUACUCUCCUCGGUGUACUUCUUCGUUUUCGAGAACACAGUGUGGCUAUCAGUGGUGACAUCAAAGCGAUGUUUCAUCAAGUUCGCCUGCUACCAGAAGACAAGCCCCUUCUCCGUUUUCUCUGGAGAGGUAUGAAGAGGGAGGAUGAACCAACGGUGUAUGAGUGGCAGGUUUUGCCAUUCGGGACGACAUGUAGUCCCUGCUGUGCCACAUACGCCCUGCAGCGGCAUGUGAAGGAUAACAGCAGCGGUUAUGAGGACAUCCUACACCUUGUGGAGACUGCCUUCUACGUCGACAACUGUUUGACCAGUGUCACGAACGCUGAUGAAGCCAAGACCAUUAUCAACCGGAUGCGUAAACUGCUCUCAGCUGGAGGCUUUGACAUCAGGCAGUGGGCCAGUAACAUCCCCACCGUUGUUGAGCAUCUUCCAUUGGAAGCGAAAGCAGCAAGCACCGAGUUGUGGCUCUCUCAGUCUCGACAAGAUCCCGAAGAGCCAGCCUUAGGCCUUCGCUGGAACUGCCUUACCGAUCGCCUUGGGUACCGCCACAGACCAGUAGAAUAUUCACAGCCAACUCUGAGGAACGUCUACAAGGUGAUGGCAACACAAUAUGAUCCCCUCGGAUACCUAAUUCCAUUCACCACACGAGCGAAGAUCCUGAUUCAAGACCUGUGGAGAGUGGGAGUUGGCUGGGAUGAACUGAUCAGACCAGAGGCUCUGCUGGAUAUCUGGACACAAUGGGAGAGUGAACUAAUCCAUCUUCCUCAAGUGGAAAUCCCCCGAUGCUAUGUCCCAUCAGUAGCAGACACUGGGGCACCCAGACGAGAGGCACACAUCUUCUGCGACGCCUCUGAAAGAGCCUACGGGGCCGUUGCUUACCUCCGCACCCAAGAGAAUCAAGGUGAAGUCCACAUUGCAUUUGUGAUGGCUCGGUCACGAGUGAGCCCUCGCAAACAACUAUCCAUGCCACGCCUCGAACUGUGUGCUGCUUUAGCCGGAGCCCAGCUGGCUAAAGUCAUUAUGACAGAACUGUCACUCCCUUCCCAGCAAGUCACUCUCUGGACUGACGCGAUGACAGUUUUAACGUGGCUCAAUUCCGACUCGUGUCGCUACAAGGUCUUUGUAGGAACUAGAGUCGCAGAAAUUCAAGAGCUCACUGAAAACUCGACCUGGCGGUAUGUCCGCACCACUGACAAUCCAGCCGAUGACCUUACUCGCGGCAAACCCCUGCUCGAACUCAGCCAGCCGAACCGGUGGAGCCAAGGUCCACCAUUCCUCCUACAACAUCCAGACUCCUGGCCAGUGCUUCCGUUAAUAGAAGCCCAAGAAGCUGACGAGGAAGAACUUCGGAAAACAUUGUUCUGUGGAGCCACCACUUGCUUUCCGACCACGACACUCCAGUCUGAUAUAGACAACUGGGACAGUCUUCUCAAGGCUACCCAUGAGAGCCUUCACGGGGCGGCUGAUGACCAGAGCAGCCCCACCAUGACAGCAGCUGAUGUCCAAACAGCAGAGCUACAUGUCCUCAGACAAGCCCAGAGUGAGUCCUUCCCUGAAGAAGUGGAAGCUCUUGCUGCUGGUAAGUCCAUCUCGAGACUGAGUCGCCUGCUCAUGCUUGCUCCAGAGUAUGAUGAAGCUGUGGGCCUGGUGAGAGUGGGAGGUAGACUACGCAGAGCAGAAGAUCUUGACCCAGAUGCGAUGCAUCCUAUCAUCCUCGAUCCCAAAUCUUAUGUCACGAAGCUGCUCAUUAAGAAAUAUGAUAGUGAACUGCUACAUCCAGGUCCCGAGCGGGUUUUCGCCGAGAUGAGGAGAAGAUAUUGGAUCCUCCGGGGAAGAGAGUCCAUCAAGCAUCAUCAGCACGCCUGUGUUGAAUGUCAGAAAUGGCGCGCUACUCCAGUGGUCCCUCGGAUGGCAGACUUACCCCCUGCCAGACUCCGCUUAUACAAGCCACCUUUCUGGUCGACUGGAGUCGAUUGUUUCGGUCCCUACAAUGUCAAGGUGGGCCGGCGUACAGAAAAGCGGUGGGGUCUGAUUUUCAAGUGCAUGACGACGAGCUGUGUACAUCUUGACCUACUGGAGAGUAUAGACACUGAUGCUUUCCUGAUGUCCCUCCGCCGCUUCAUCGCCCGCCGCGGAAAGCCAUUUGAGAUCCUGGCUGACAGAGGAACCAACUUCCGAGGUGGAGCUGCAGAGCUGCAAGCCAGUUUUGCUGCUUUAGAAAUUCCUCUUCAAGAACAGCUGGCCAGACAGCAAAUCGAGUUCCGUUUCAACCCUCCUGGCUCUCCACACUUUGGGGGAACGUGGGAACGAGAGAUCAAGUCGAUUAAGUCAGCUCUCCAAGUCAUCCUUCAGGACCACACCGUCGCUGAACCUGUGCUGCAAACUGUGCUGAUUGAAGUGGAAGGAAUACUCAAUGCUAAACCGCUUGGGUACCUCUCCUCUGAUGCUGCGGAUCCGGAUCCCGUCACACCAAAUCUACUGUUGAUGGGACGCCGCGAUGCAUCACUCCCACAAGCUGUCUAUGCAUCUAGUGACCUUCUCAGCAGAAGAAGAUGGCGCCACAGCCAGAUCCUGGCGGACCAUUUCUGGUCCAACUUUAUCCGUCGCCAUCUCCCGGACCUACAGAAGCGGUCGAAGUGGCACAAGGACACUGACAAUCUGGUUGCUGGCCAGGUGGUGAUGGUGGUUGAUUCGCAGCUACCCAGAGCUCAGUGGCCCAUUGGGAGAGUGGUGAAGACCUGUUCCGGUUCGGAUGGACGAGUCAGGGCAGCUGAAGUUAAGAUCAAGGGACAGACCUACCUACGGCCAGUCGUGCGCCUUGUGCGGCUGUCAGCCUGGGAGGAUGAAGAUGACGCCAACUAAGUAGACUUUCUUUGGGAUUCAAAUUUAUUGCUAAAUUUGGGGGCGGCUAUGUCGGAAAGUCUUUUAUUUCCUGUCAUUUUAUUUUGAAACUAUAAUGAUGUCAUAUCCUUUCCGAGCGCAUCACAUCCUCAUUCCCGACUCCGCAUUCUGUGGGAUGGUGGCUCGCGUGUGCGUAACCUAAUCGAAAACCACACACACAGACACCCACACAUAUGCCUAUUUGUACACCAAUGAUUGUACCCAAACUACAAUAUUAAAGUUUGCUGGAACAAUUUCUCCGUGCCCUUCUCUCUGACCGGAGCCCUGUCAAAGGAAACUGCCAGACCAGUAUUAUCCCAUUCAGAGUGUCCCACUCUAUC